AACAGGGUAGCGUGACAGUCCAGUCACCUAGUGGACCAAAGCAGCCGAAUCCUAUAGCACCAUUUUGACCAAGCCAUAUAGCUACUAGCUAAUAGCUCCUCCCUAUUCUUUCUUUUGUCAACACCUUCUUUCUUUGUUUAAUUCUCCUCUCUCUCUCUCUUUCUCUCUUACACCCUUCCAUUUUCUCCUUCUCUUCCUCCCAUGGUGUAAUUGCUCCAACUAUGGCCGUGGACCUCAUGACGACGGGUUGCAGCCGAAACGACAACAUCAAUAGUUUCACAACCAAAGCCGAGGAAAAUGCCGUCCAAGAAGCUGCUUCCGGCUUAGAGAGCAUCGAGAAGCUCAUCAGACUCCUCUCGCAAACCCAAACCCAAACCCGCCAUCAAAUCAACAACAAUAGCUCUAAUGAAAUCGCCAUCGCCAUGGACUGCAAGGUCGUCGCUGACGUGGCAGUCUCCAAGUUCAAGAAGGUCAUAUCCCUCCUCGGCCGAACCCGUACCGGCCACGCCAGGUUCCGACGCGCCCCUCUCCCCAACCAAAACCAACACACUCAACCUCCCUCCGAACCACCCGUGUUCCACGCUACGCCGCUGCACCAGAUCCCACCACCCUCCCUUCACCAAAUUCCCAAAACUGAAAGGAACCUUAACGAUUCCUCCUCUUCUAAAACCAUUCAUUUCUCAUACCCCUCCGCCGCUACCUCCUUCAUCUCCUCCCUCACCGGCGACGGCGCCGCCGACAACAAACAACCUUCCUCGUCGCCGCCCGCGGCGGCGGCGACGACGACGCCCUUUCAGAUCACGAGCCUCUCGCACGUGUCGUCCGCGGGGAAGCCUCCGCUUUCGACUUCCUCUUUCAAGAGAAAGUGCAGCUCUGAGAAUUUAGGCUCUGGAAAAUGCGGUAGCUCCUCCAGCCGCUGUCAUUGUUCCAAAAAGAGUAGGAAAAUGAGGUUGAAGAGGGUAGUGAGGGUACCGGCUAUAAGCUUGAAGAUGGCUGAUAUUCCACCAGAUGAUUAUUCUUGGAGAAAGUAUGGACAGAAACCAAUUAAAGGAUCACCUCAUCCAAGGGGUUACUACAAGUGCAGUAGUGUGAGAGGGUGUCCAGCGCGAAAACAUGUGGAACGAGCUUUGGAUGAUCCAGCUAUGCUGGUGGUAACCUACGAGGGAGAGCACAAUCACACUCUCUCUGCUGCUGAUGCUACUAAUCUCAUUCUAGAAUCGUCUUGAAAGUCGUAACCAAAUCAUCUUUUUUCCGUGACAAGGUUUUAAUUAAGUAGUAGAAGAAACGCAAACCAUUAUUAAUCAACGUUACAAGUUUUCAACGGGAGCAAUUAUGGCGUGUUGAAUUGAAUUGCAACUUUACUCUAGUCAGUCAGGGGCAUUAAUCUUGAAAGAUAUUAUUAGUGGGUGCUGUUCCCUUUCCCUGUACAAUAUUGGAUUCUUUUUCUUCUUUUUUUAAAUCUUUUAUUUCCUAUUUCUCGUUCUCUUCAAGGCUGAAUGAAACAUUGUGAAUCCGUUGCAUCAUUAGAAAAAAAAUUGUCAAGGGUGGUGGUUGAUUUGGUAACGGAUUUGAAUCUCGGAAUUAAAAAAAAAAAAAGCAAGUGGGUUUUGGUUUUUA